AUGAAUGCCGGUGAAGAGAGCCUGCUCAAGUCCAUCAGCAACGACACACUGCUGGACUUGACUCAGCGCUACGGCCAGGGCAGCUUCGGCUUCGGCGCUGGCCAUGGUGCUGGAAGUCCCGGGCGCUACCCGCUCACCCCGGCAGCCGACUUCCUCUCCGGCCAGACGGCCAAGUCCAACGAGAGUGGCGGGGAACAGACCAGCGAGGACGACGACGGCUUCGACUUGGACUCCAGGAAGCGGGGCUCCGGGUUCGACGACGACAAGCACUCCGGCCCGCUGGGCAAGAAGUCCAAGGAGCAGAGGUCCCUGCGCCUCAGCAUCAACGCCCGGGAGAGACGGAGAAUGCACGACCUUAACGAUGCGCUGGACGGCCUCAGAGCUGUCAUUCCCUACGCGCACAGCCCGUCGGUGAGGAAACUAUCCAAAAUCGCCACCCUACUCCUGGCCAAGAACUACAUCCUUAUGCAGGCGCAGGCGCUCGAGGAGAUGCGCAGGCUCGUGGCGUAUCUGAAUCAGGGACAGAGUAUCGCCAGCUCACCGAUACCCACGGCGCUGGCGCCUUUCGGACAAACGGCUGCCGUGUAUCCUUUCUCCAGCUCGGCACUGGCCUCGUGCGCCGAGAAAUGUACCUCUUACUCCGGGACCCCGUCGAGCCUCUUCAAACACAUCAACGACAAGCCUUGA